AUGCCCGACCCCCGCGUUUUUAUAAUCCGCCACGGCGAAACAGAAUGGUCGCUCAACGGGCGGCACACAGGCAUCUCGGAUAUCCCGCUGACGGCCAAUGGCGAGAAGCGCGUGCGCGCAACGGGCAAAGCGCUUGUAGGCGACGACCGGUUAAUCGUGCCUAGUAACCUCGCACACAUCUACGUCUCCCCGCGCACCCGCGCCCAACGCACGCUCGAACUGCUCAAUCUGGGCUGCAAAGAACGCUACCCGUGGUCCUCAUCCAGCUCGCCCGCAGAAUGCGCCCCAGACAUCCGUACACACUGUAAAAUCCAAGUCACAGACGCAGUCCGCGAGUGGGACUACGGCGACUACGAGGGCCGCGUGUCCCGCGAAAUCAGAGAAGACAGGCAGAAGCGCGGGCUCGGCGCUGACUGGGACAUCUGGCGCGACGGGUGUGAAGGCGGCGAGAGCCCCGAGGAUGUAACGAGGAGGCUAGAUCAGUUUAUACUCGAGUUGCGCGAAAAGUGGCAUAAAGGCCGGUUUGGGAAAGACGGGAAACCAAACGAUGUGCUGAUUGUGGCGCAUGGCCAUAUUCUGCGUGCGCUGGCGGGCCGCUGGGUAGGCAAGAAGUUGGAGGAUAAUCCCAGUUUGAUUCUCGAGGCUGGCGGUGUGGGCAUGCUGAGCUAUGAGCAUCAUAGUAUUGAUGAGCCGGCCAUUUUGCUCGGUGGUGCCUUCGUCGUCGAUGUCGUGGAGAAGGAGCAGGAGGAGAGGGAGGCUGCGGCUAAGGCCUAGGUAGGAAAUGUCAUGACUGGAAUGGAUCAAGUACGCC